AUGGCGCAAAGGGAGAAUGUGGUGUGCGUGACGGGAGGCUCGGGCUUCCUCGGAUCCACCUGCAUCAAGCUGCUCCUCGAACGAGGCUACCGAGUCCACGCCACGGUGCGAGACCCCAACAACGCUGCAAAGGUGGCGCACUUGAAAGCACUGUCGGGGGCAUCCGACCGCUUGACGCUGUUUGGAGCGGACCUUUUACAGGAGGGAUCGUUUGAUGCGUCCAUCAAAGGUGCUGACGUCGUGCUGCACACUGCAUCGCCUUUUUUUCUGACAGAUCAAACGCGAGACAGCCUAGUGGAACCUGCCGUCAAAGGCACGCUCAACGUGUUGCGUUCGGUGGCACGUACCCCCUCUGUUCGUCGAGUGGUGCUCACAUCGUCGACGAUUUCCAUCUACGGCCAUUGCGGCACGAAACCCGAUAGUCAUGUUUUCACUGAAGAGGACUGGAGCCAUGAGGAACUGAUGGCUGAGCGCAAGAUGUGGUAUGGUUUGAGCAAAACAAUUGCGGAGCGCGAAGCGUGGGAGUUUGUCCGGUCGUUGGUGAACCCGCACUUCGACAUGGUGACGAUGUGCCCGACGUGGAUCCUUGGCCCCAUGUUGCAGCCAGAGUUGAACGAAAGCUCCAAGAAGAUAUACGACUACAUGGUCGGAAACACAAAGGAGAUCAUGAAUACGGUUAAAGCCAUGGUCGAUGUGCGCGACGUCGCGUUGGCGCACAUUGUCGGGUUCGAAAACCCCCAAGCCUCAGGCAGGUACUUGCUCAUUGGAGCGUGCCCCUCGGAACAGGAGAUCGCAAACGCCGUCAAGAACGCAUAUCACUCGGCCUUGACACCGGAAGCACCUGUGUUCGAAGAGUGUGCCGCUCCUUUGUUGUACGAUUGCAGCAAGGCCGAGAAAGAACUCGGGAUCCGCUUUCGCAACAUCCAAGAAAUGGUGCAGGAAACUUGCGAUUCCUUGCGCCACCAUGGCCUCGUGAAAGCGUCAUAAAUAUAUUCUGUGGUUGCUUGUAAUGCAAAAGGAGAUCUCGCUUCUCAAUACACGAACUUGUUAAUGGCUCCA